UUCUCUUGCUGAACCACGAAGGCAUAGAAUCAAACUGCUUGUUUUGGACACACUGGCUUCUUCUUUUUCUUGUGGACAUUAUGGCUAAUAACACAACGAGUUUAGGGAGCCCAUGGCCAGAAAACUUUUGGGAGGACCUUAUAAUGUCCUUCACUGUCUCUGUGGCGAUUGGGCUCGCAAUCGGAGGAUUUCUCUGGGCGCUCUUCGUUUUCCUGUCUCGAAGAAGAAGAGCUAGCGCUCCCAUCUCACAGUGGAGUCCCACCAGGCGACCCAGGUCCUACAACCAGGGCCUCAACCGAACUGGAUUCUACCGCCACAGUGGCUGUGAGCGUCGAAGCAACCUCAGCCUGGCCAGUCUCACCUUCCAGAGACAAGCUUCCAUGGAGCUGGCAAAUUCCUUCCCCAGGAAAUCAAGCUUCAGGGCUUCAACUUUCCAUCCCUUCCUGCAAUGCCCACCACUUCCGGUGGAAACGGAGAGUCAGCUGAUGACCCUGCCUGCCUCCACCACCCCAUCCGCCAUCAGCACCGGGCACAAUCUGAGCCGGCCUGACUUCCGCUGGUCCAGCAACAGCUUGCGGAUGGGCCUUUCCACACCGCCCCCACCUGCCUAUGAGUCCAUCAUCAAGGCAUUUCCCGAUUCCUGAGUCUGGGCUUUCGUUGUUUUUAAUUCUCUUUUUUUUUAAUUUUUUUAUUUUUGUCUCAUCUAGAAAGGAAAUGAUAUAUAGGGUAAACAGAAUUUGGGGGUUAUGGCACUAAGGACUGAUUUUCCAAAUUGAUAGGCUCAUGAAAGCUGAGCAUUACUGAGUAAGGCACAGUGGCUUUUCAACACAGUUUUCUCACUUACGUCUCACAAGAGUAUUAUUUUCUCAAAAAGUUCUAUAUUUAUGUAUUUUGAAUUCAGUGUGAGGCGUUGAAUUAAAGAUACCGAUUAAAGAUUCUAACGUACAAAUCAUGCGUAUUUGUAUGUUUUCAGUGAAGAAGACUUUAGCUGUCCGUUGCCUGUGGCUGCAAUCCCCAUCCACUUUCCCAUGUGACUGCUGACAGACAAAAGCCACUAACAUCAAGGAAUUUUAAUGUUACUUUCUGGUUAACGAGUUGAGUCAGUAGCAUCCUAGAAUCUCGGAGCUUUAAUAAUGUGUGUGUACAAGAUGAUGGAACAGUGAAUGUUGUAAAAUCCCGUGAUUCUACUCAGUUAUGUAUGAGAAUUAAGCAAAAAAGCUAAGCUCUGUUGGUGUCUUAAGACGGUUCAGUUUUGACACUUAAUUUUUUUUCCCCAGCCAGAUAAACUCAUUUUCAAGUUCUUCCUGGUAUAAUUACCCAUAUCAUUGAAGUAAAACCCUUGAAUUUAGUAACAAGAGGAUUUAACAUGACUGUUGUAGUUAUUACCAAAGCAACAGCCUCUCCAUUUGUCCUAAGAGUAAAUUUUUAUUUAACAUCAAGUUAUAUUUUCUUUAUUGAAUUUGGAUCUAAUGGCUAGGAAAGCAUUUUAUCUAGGGCAGUGUUUUUCAACCUGUAGGUGAUGACCCCUUUGGGAGCUGAAUAGCCCUUUCAAGUUGUUGCCUAAGACCAUCCAAAAAUACAGAUAUUUGCAUUAUAAUUCAUAACAGUAGCAAAAAUUACAAUUUAUGAAGUAGCAACAAAAAUAAUUGUAUGGUUGGGGGCCACCACAUAUGAGGAACUGUAUUAAAGGGUCACAGCAUUAGGAAGGUUGAAAACCACUGCUCUAGGGGGAAUUUCCCUGUUAAUUCUGCGGUCAAAUAAGGAUUAUUCUACAGAGAGAUAGUCCACAGUGGAAACAUGCUGCCUCUCCAGAAAGGAAUUCCUCCAGGUCACCUCAGCCCUCAGGUACCAUCCCCCAGGUGAUGCUCUGUGAAUUCCAUCUCCCCCUUCUCUAAAGUCUUUUUAAGGUGACUAAUACAGGCUAAAUGGUCACUGUUUCGGAUGGUCACCCAAGGAGUCCACAUCAACAGAUGGAGGCAUCUUUAAUGUGGGCGCCAAAGACUUUCAGUGGUCCUUUUACUCCAAGGACAGGAGUUCACUGGGGGGUUAUUUAGAACCUGAUACAUCAGAUAUUUAGCUUGUGUUGUUGUUUAAUCUUCUGUAGGUUGGGGUUUGCGGCCACUGGUCCCAGCUAAUAGUGUCUGAUCAUAGCUCAAGAAUAUAACUACUUGCAUAAAAGAUCCCCUAUAGACUAUCUUUAUUAAUUUCAUGUAAUUCGUACUAUCCAUUGUUCCCCAAGAGAAAUUAUUCUUCAAAAAGCCUACCAAAAUACCUUGUAAUUAAGUAUAUAAGAGAAGAAGGGAGGAAAAAAAUUAAGCAAACCAAGAAGCUAAGAUGCAUUGGCAGCUGACUUUUUUUACUAAGGAAAUGUAGAAGCUGUAACAUAGCCCCGGUAAGAUUUUGCAAGAGCAUCAGCUUAGUAACAAGGCUAAUUUUAGGUUGGAUGUCAUCCUCAGUGUUUAACAUGAGGAGCAAAGAAGGCAUGCUUUUUAUCAGUCAUUCAUACUGGGAAUGAAAACUGUUCCUACCUCCCAAGGGAAGGAAAUGAGAGAAGAAAUCCUCUGCUUCAUUUAGCUCUUCAGCAGAACUCUUGCUAAUUUAGCCCCUGUUAUAAAAUGACCAAGAGGAGUAUUUUAUAAAUAUUGUGCACUGUAUGAAAUGAAUGUGAAGCUAAAACCAAAGCUGGAAGUGCUUUUAGUUGUAAUUGUUUUAUUUGAAAUGUUUUGUCAAUUAUGAAAUAAAACUGAUAUCAAUUUCAA